AUGAGCGUCUACCCGCUAAGCGUCAGUGCGCCGUCAGACUUUCGUGAAAUGAGCUCGCUGGUGAGUAUUUCUAAUGCUAAUGUCAUGGAUCGAGACGUCAAGAAGCGUCGACGGUCGUCUCACUCCGAUAACGACGCGAUUGUCAACUUCAAUGGAGCCAAUCCACAGAGCAAGCCGAAGACAGCCAAGAAGCAAGCUGUCAGCGCUGCAAACGAGCUCCGGAUGCUGCGCGUGGAAGUGGCCUCCAUGGAAGAACAGCUACGCAAUCUGAAGCUCAAGUGGUCGUCGACGCAACCGGAUGAACGCACACUGGCGGCCGCGGCGAUUCAGACCGAGGCUACUCGCAGUGAACUGAAGCGCACGCUGUUGGAGCAGCAGAUUUUCUUCGCUAUGUUGCAGAGCGCAGUUCUCCGAGCACCGCUGCACUCGAUUGGGAAGGACAUCCACGAGAUGCUUCACAUCUCGGUCGUGACUCGGCAGACCGCGAGGAGACGCUCAAGGCGCAGUGCGCCUGGCGCACUACGAACGGGCUCUUACCACCAUACCAUCGAUCAUGAAUCACCUCACAGAAGUGGCGAUCAAGAAGGAAAUCGCAGAGAGAGGCCAGACUCGCCGGCGAUCUACUGGAGGUCGACUCUCAAGGGUGUUGGAAUGCCAGCCAUCGUGAACCACAUCGUUUGCUCCGAGCUCACGUCGUCUCAUGGAAUGCUUCACAUGGAUGCCAUCACACAUGACCCCCUGAAUCCAAUUCCGAUCGCCAGCCCGCUGCAGUUUGGUAUCUGCGGGUUGACAAUUACGCCUCGCAAGGAUUCUGUGAUGGGAAAAUUCACGUCGGUCACGCUGUGGUGGGCGGCUGUGUAUCGCUACAACCUGUUGCCGAAUGACCCUGCGCUUAAGGCGGACCUGGAGAUCGUCCCAAUUCUGAACGGCGACUUGAUCACUGCGUCAGUGUGCAGUUACCUUCAGGAGAACUCUGCCUGCAUCCGUGAAAACUAG